AUGGAUAAGCCGAAGGAUGUGAGGAUUUCGGGUCCAUCAUGGCUCAAGAAGAGAUUCCUUUCUCUGAUACUUUUUAUGAUAGCUGUUCUCCUGGCGAUAAUCAUUAUCUUCCUAAUUUGGGGAAGUCAGGAGAACCUCGUCCGCCCUAAACUAGAACGGAAAUACCGUGUCCCUGACAGAAUAUCGCCCACAAGGCACCGGACUCCACCAGGUAAGACAGUGCCUGGUUGGAAAAACAGCUAUUUCAAAGCCCAAGCGCUGGUAAAUAAUAUGACCCUGGUGGAAAAAGUAAAUGUUACAACCGGAGUAGGUUGGCAGAUGGGACUAUGUGUCGGGAAUACCGGCCCCGCCACAGAAGUCGGGUUCCCGUCGCUGUGCCUUCAAGAUGGUCCGCUAGGGCUACGUUUUGCUGACAACAUAACCGCCUUCCCUGCUGGCAUUACUGUUGGGGCUACCUGGAAUAGGGAUCUUAUGCGCAAGAGAGGCGAAGCCUUGGGAAGAGAAGCUCGACGAAAAGGGGUAAACAUCCUUUUAGGUCCGUCUAUGGGGCCUUUAGGAGUCCUUCCGGCUGCAGGGCGUAACUGGGAAGGUUUCGGCACCGAUCCGGUUUUGCAGGCAAUUGCGUCUGCAGAAACCAUACAGGGAAUCCAGAAGGAAGGGGUAAUAGCAACAGCAAAGCACUUUGUCUUAAACGAACAAGAACACUUUCGACAGCCAUAUGAAUGGGAAAUACCAGAAGCCAUGUCUUCUAAUAUAGAUGACCGUACCCUACAUGAAGUAUAUGUCUGGCCAUUUGCUGAAAGUGUCCGUGCCGGUGUCGGUAGCAUAAUGUGUGCUUACCAGAUGAUCAAUAACACAUAUUCCUGCAGCAACGAUCGGCUUUUGAAUGGUAUCCUGAAAGAUGAACUGGAAUUCCAAGGGUUCGUUCAAUCAGACUGGUAUGGCCAACAAAGUGGCGUUGCAAGCGCACUAGCAGGAAUGGAUAUGACUAUGCCGGGAGAAUUGCCUCGCUCUGAUCCAGGAACAUCCUUCUGGGGGCCUAAUUUGACUAUGGCCAUUCUAAACGGCUCUGUUGAAGUUGGCAGAUUGAACGACAUGGCGACUAGGAUAGUAGCUGCAUGGUACCAAUUAAAACAGGAUACAUGGGAACGACCACCACCUGAUGGAGAUGGAGGCCCAAACUUUUCAUCCUGGACGAAGAACAAAACCGGCCAUAGGCAUGAAGGGAGCCAAGAUGAUGACCAAUUGGUGGUUGUUAACCACUAUAUUAGGGCGCCGAAUGAGUGGAAGGAUCCCCAUAGCGAUCUAGCUAGGGAUAUUGCAACAGAAGGCACAGUACUCUUGAAGAAUGAAGAUGACAUAUUGCCUCUAUCCAAAAAAGGUACCACGUCAGGUAGAAAAACGAAGGUGGGAGUGUUUGGAGAAGAUGCUGGUCCGGGAAAGGGACCAAACGUUUGUCCAGAUAGAUCCUGUAAUCAAGGUACGCUUGGGUCUGGAUGGGGCAGUGGCGCUGCUGACUUCCCCUACCUUAUAACGCCAUGGGAGGAGAUUAAGAAAUCCUACGACCACAACGAUGUCUCAAUAAAUGAAUACCUUUAUAACGGCAUCCAGGAUAACGACUUAGCCGACAAAGACCUGUGCCUCGUCUUUACAAAUGCGGAUUCAGGUGAAGGGUUCGCUUCUUUCGACGGCAUUGACGGAGACCGAAAUGACCUGUUCCUCCAAAAUGACGGUAAUAAUUUGAUCAGACAGGCCGCUGAUAAGUGUGGGGAAGGCAGGGGAAGCACCAUUGUGGUUCUUCACUCAGUUGGCCCAGUCAUACUGGAAGACUGGAUUGACAUGCCCGGAGUCAAGGGUGUUGUCCUAGCAAAUCUCCCUGGUCAGGAAAGCGGUAGGGCGCUUGUGGAUGUUUUAUUUGGCAAAGUUGAUGCGAGCGGGAGACUCCCGUAUACAAUCGCAAAAGAUCCCGAAGAUUAUGGCCCCGAAUCCAAAGUUCUAUAUGAAAGCGAAGAUCCAGUACCACAGAAGAAUUUCACCCAAGGUUUAUAUAUAGACUAUCGAUACUUCGACAAAAACAACAUCACCCCGCGAUAUGAAUUUGGGUAUGGUCUAUCAUAUACUUCUUUUCAACUAUCAGAUCUCAAGAUCCGCCUUUUGAAAAAGAAGUCCACGAGCCCUCCUAGAUUGCCGUCUGAAGUGAACGUAACAUUACCGGGAUAUAAUGAAAGCAUCCCAAAUCUAGAUUCGGCCCUUUUUCCUAAAGGAUUCCGGUCAUUAUCAAAAUAUGUUUACCCAUAUGUUUCCUCCACUGACCAGAUUCAGAAAACAAAAUAUCCUUACCCUGCUCGGCAUCAUCCCGAAGAUGUCUCACCUGCCGGUGGCGGCGAAGGGGGCAACCCUUCACUCUUUGAGCCAAUGGUCGAUGUCAGUCUCUCUGUCAAUAACACUGGAAAGCGGGCCGGUAAAACAACUGUUCAGCUUUAUAUAUCUUUCCCAGCCGGUGUCAAUGAGUCAAUAAUGGAAGAUGGGAAAGAUAACAAUAUAAUACCGGUAGAUUUUCCUGACCGCGUGUUACGGAACUUCCAGAAAAUCGAGUUACAGCCCGGUAACUCAACGAAAGUGACCUUGUCGCUUACAAGAAAGGACUUGAGCUAUUGGAGCAUUUAUCAACAAAAUUGGAUAAUGCCUACAGCAGGGAAAUUCAAGGUAAGGGUUGGCCAGAGUUCAAGGGAUCUACCGUUGACUGGUGCAUUUUGA